GUAUGAUCUUGGCACCUGUAAGGUGGGGACACGCGCCAGGAGGCCCGGGGGUCAACGCGCAGGGCGCCCAGAAGGGGUUUGGUCACCAACUGGAACGCUAGAAGCCACAUUGGCCGGGGGCUCUAGGGCGGCAGAGGCUCUGGCCCCCGGGGCCGAGGCGGGAGCGUCUCCUUCCUUUGCCAAGAUGGCGGCCCUGGAAUCGCCCGGAGAGGCCCGAGCAGAUCGUCUCCGGACAGGCGGCCCGCUCGAAGCCUGUCCCCCUCCUGCCGCACCGGUCAGCCCUAGGGCAGCGCCUACUCUUCAGAACUGAGGGGAGGCGACUCCGGCUGCCCGCAAGCGGGACUCUGUUCCAAAAUGGUGGACGGGCAGCCGGGCCGGCGUCAGCGCCCUUUACCAAGAUGGCGGCGGCCGGCUUCCGGCACGAGCCGCCCGAGUCCCCUUCAAAACGCACGAGCGGAGGCGGCCGCCGCCCGCGCGUGGACGCGGCCUGCGGGGAGGGCGGCGCGGCCGGGCGCCGGGCAGGACGAGGUGAUUUUCACUGAUGGACCCCAAGGAAUCACUGAGCUCCCCCAGUAGAGAAGAAAUCCCCAGCAGUGUGCUCAGUCGGGAGAGGGCAAAUGUGAUGGACUUCUACAAAAGCCUGCGGGGAGGAGCUGCGGCCAAGGUUUCUGCCUCCUCGCCGUCACUGGCUGCUGCUGCGCAGGCCGACUCGAAGCAGCAGAGAACACUGGCUGAUUUUCCAAAAGGCUCAGGAAGCAAUGCACAGCAGCCAGAUCUGUCCAAGGCAGUCUCACUCUCAAUGGGACUGUAUAUGGGAGAAACAGAAACAAAAGUGAUGGGAAAUGAGCUGGGACUCCCACAGCAGGGCCAAAUCAGCCUUUCCUCUGGGGAAACAGAUUUCCGGCUUCUGGAAGAAAGCAUCGCAAACCUCAAUAGGUCGACCAGCGUUCCAGAGAACCCCAAAAGUUCAGCAUCUGCUGCUGUUUCUGCUGCCCCCACAGAAAAAGAGUUUCCAAAAACUAACUCUAAUGUGUCUUCAGAACAGCAGAAUAUGAAGGGCCAGCCUGGCACCAAUGGGGGCAAUGUGAAGUUGUACACCACAGACCAAAGCACCUUUGACAUUUGGAGAAAAAAACUCCAGGACUUGGAGUUUUCUUCUGAGUCCCCAGGUAAAGAAACGAGUGAGAGCCCUUGGAGAUCAGACAUCUUGAUAGAUGAAAGCUGUCUGCUUUCUCCUUUGGCCGGAGAGGAUGAUCCGUUCCCUUUGGAAGGAAACUCAAGUGAGGACUGUAAGCCUCUCAUUUUACCAGACACUAAGCCUAAAAUUAAGGAUAAUGGAGAUCUGAUCUUAUCAAGCCCCAACACUGGGCCACUGCCCCAAGUGAAAACAGAAAAAGAAGAUUUCAUUGAGCUCUGCACCCCUGGGGUAAUUAAGCAAGAGAAACUGGGCCCAGUUUACUGUCAGGCAAGCUUUUCUGGGCCAAAUAUAAUUAGUAAUAAAAUGUCAGCCAUUUCUGUUCACGGUGUGAGCACCUCCGGAGGACAGAUGUACCACUAUGACAUGAAUACAGCAGCCCUCUCUCAGCAGCAGGAUCAGAAGCCUAUUUUUAAUGUCAUUCCACCAAUUCCUGUUGGUUCAGAAAAUUGGAAUAGAUGCCAGGGUUCUGGAGAUGACAGCCUGACUUCCUUGGGGACCCUGAACUUCCCCGGUCGAUCGGUUUUUUCUAACGGUUAUUCGAGCCCCGGGAUGAGGCCAGACGCGAGCUCCCCGCCGUCCGGCCCCUCGGCAGCAGUGGGAGCGCCGCCCAAGCUCUGCCUGGUGUGCUCCGAUGAGGCUUCAGGAUGCCACUACGGGGUCUUGACUUGUGGAAGCUGUAAAGUGUUCUUCAAAAGAGCAGUGGAAGGUAGACAGCACAAUUAUCUUUGUGCUGGAAGAAAUGAUUGUAUCAUUGAUAAAAUUCGAAGAAAAAACUGCCCGGCGUGCCGCUACAGAAAAUGUCUUCAGGCUGGAAUGAACCUGGAAGCUCGAAAGACAAAGAAAAAGAUCAAAGGAAUUCAGCAGGCCACUACAGGAGUCUCACAAGAACCUUCUGAAAGUCCUGCUAACAAAACAAUAGUUCCUGCGACCUUACCACAGCUCACCCCCACGCUGGUGUCACUGCUGGAGGUCAUUGAACCUGAGGUGUUAUACGCAGGAUACGACAGCUCUGUUCCAGAUUCCACUUGGCGGAUCAUGACCACACUCAACAUGCUGGGUGGGCGGCAAGUGAUUGCGGCAGUGAAAUGGGCAAAGGCAAUACCAGGAUUCAGGAACCUACACCUGGAUGACCAGAUGACCCUUCUGCAGUAUUCCUGGAUGUUCCUUAUGGCGUUUGCCCUGGGGUGGAGAUCUUACCGACAGUCAAGUUCGAGCUUGCUGUGUUUUGCCCCUGAUCUGAUCAUUAAUGAGCAGAGAAUGUCUCUACCCUGUAUGUACGACCAAUGCAAACACAUGCUGUAUAUCUCCUCCGAGUUGCACAGGCUCCAGGUAUCUUACGAGGAGUACCUGUGCAUGAAGACUUUACUGCUUCUCUCCUCAGUUCCUAAGGAAGGUUUGAAGAGCCAAGAGCUAUUUGAUGAAAUUAGAAUGACUUACAUCAAAGAGCUAGGAAAAGCCAUUGUCAAGAGGGAAGGAAACUCCAGUCAGAACUGGCAGCGGUUCUAUCAACUGACAAAACUCCUGGACUCCAUGCAUGAUGUGGUUGAAAAUCUACUUAACUAUUGCUUCCAAACAUUUUUGGAUAAGACCAUAAGUGUUGAAUUCCCAGAGAUGUUGGCUGAAAUCAUCACCAAUCAGAUACCAAAAUAUUCAACUGGAAAUAUCAAAAAACUUCUGUUUCAUCAAAAGUGACUGCCUUAAUAAGAAAGGAUGCCUUAAAGAAAGUUGAAUUUAUAGCUUUUACUGUACAAACUUAUCAAUUUGUCCUGUAGUGGUUUUGUUGUUUUAUUUUUUUGUCUGUUUUUGUCUGGUUUUUGUUUUAAAUAUGCACUACACGUGGUUUAUGGAGGGCCAAGACUUGGCAACGGACGCAGUCGAGCCAACACUUUUUAGCGAUGGCAGAAGGAGAAAGUGAUAGUUGGUGAAUCCUGAAAAUUACAAAUAGUCCCGUUGGGGGUGAUCUUCACUGUCAGGGAAGGAUGGCACCUGAACCACCAGUGCCCCAAGUCUGUGUGACAAACUUUCUGCUCAUACUUUUCACAGUUGGCUGGACAAAAUGUUCUAGACUUUCUGUUGGUGUACUUUCCCCUGUAUAGUUAGGAUAGCAUUUUUUGAUUUAUGCAUGGAAACCUGAAAAAAGUUUACAAGUGUAUAUCAGAAAAGGGAAGUUGUGCCUUUUAUAGCUAUUACUGUCUGGUUUUAACAGUUUCCUUUAUAUUCAGUGAACUAUGCUUGCUCAUUAUUUCAUACAUAAUUUUUGUAUUCAAGUCAUUGUACAGCUGUUUAAAUGGGCAGCUAGGUCAUAGCUUUCCUAAAUAAACUCUGUAAUCUUCUAUGUGAAAAUGGGUUGGUGCUUCUAACCUGAUGGCACUUAGCUAUCAGAAGACCACAAAAAUUGACUCAAAUCUCCAGUAUUCUUGUCAAAAAGCUCUUAUUUUGUAUAUAUCUGCUUCAGUGGAGAAUUACAUAGGCUGUACAAAUUAACCGUCCUACCUGGUGUGGAAUACCUAGUUCGGUGAUCUGCUGGGUAAACUGUGGAUGAUAGUUGCAAAAGAGUAGUUAAAAAGAAAAAAAAAAACAACUACCAAGAGGCCCUGUUUGUACUAAUGCCCUGUCUCUGCAGUGGUUAGAUGGCAAGAAAGCUGGUAAACUGUCUUUCAGGACCUUUUGUUGUAGGUUGUAUAACUUCUUAAAAGUCAUGAUUCCAGAUAACGAGCUAAAAUAAACACAGCUGGGACAUUUUAAUCAGACCAAGUAAUUCCUUUCACUAAACUUCACCCCCAAAAUAAAUCUCAUAACAUGGCAAAAGUGGCUAAACACCCAUUUUCACAUUCCUGUCUGUCACCAAUUGGUCUAUCUUUCCUGGGGGUAACAGGAAAGCUCAGCUACUGAUUUUUGUGAUGUGGAAUUGUCUGUCAGACUUCCAUGUUUGUGAAACUACACAUCCCUCGCACCCCUAUGUGUGCCAUAGAGUCUAACAAGUCUUGUGAAUUUUUCCUCCUCACUGUUGAGAAUGAUCAUUUUAAACAAAACAGAAGCUGUAGUAGCCCUUUCUGUGUGCACCUUACCAACUUUCUGUAAACUCAAAACUUACAUUUUCGAAGCCACAAGAAAUCAGAUUUAUAUUCAAGGUGGCCAAAUUAUUUGUGUAAUAGGAAACUGAAAAAUCUAAUACUAAAAUAUGAAACUUCUAAUAUAUUUUUAUAUUUAGUUAUAGUUUCAGAUAUAUAUCAUAUUGGUAUUCACUAAUCUGGGAAGGGAAGGGCUGCUGCAGCUUUACAUGAAUUUAUUAAAAUGAGUGUAAAAUAGCUUGUAUAGUGUAAAAUAAGAAUGAUUUUUAGAUGAGAUUGUUUUAUGAUGACAAGUCAUAUAUUUUUUGUAGGGCUCAAAGAGAUGUCGAUGGAUAGCCUGUACGAUGUGUAGGGCGUGCAAGCUUUCACACAGGCAGCGAUGGUCUCAGAAACCAAACAGGUCUGCCCUAGGGGAGCUGGAGACUGGCCCCGUGUGCACUGAGGGCUGCUGAGGCUCCAUCCCAUUCAGAUCUCGGAAGAAGUCAUCCUCUGCCUCCCAAAUGACCACCCUUCUCAUUCCAACAGUGAGUGUGUGUCAGUGCAGGUUGAGUUUACCAAAUCUUCACUUGCGAUGAAGUGUGUACAUGGGAGAGGUGGUGCUUACAGGCUUAUAAGCACCAUCUAAUAUUGGGGUUACUUUCACAUACAGCCUCUCCCAACAGUUUAAUAAAAACGGAAGCUUUAGAAGUUUGGCAAUAAUACACAUAGAGGUACCAACAACAUGUAAAUAGUGCAGAAUCUCAUAGGUUGCCAAUAAUACACUAAUUCCUUUCUAUCCUACAAGAGUUUAUUUCCAAACAAAAUGAGGACAUGGUUAUGUUUUCUUUAAAUGCUUUUUGAAUGUUAUUUGUUAUUUUUUAGUAUUCUGGAGAAAUUAUUUAAUAAAAAAAUGUAAUCAUUUGCUUUUUGAACGCUCUCUAAAAGGGGAAAUGUUCCUUUUGUAAUGGUUUAAAUUGAUCUCAAAGUAUUUUAAGAUGGAUUGUAACCCGGCUGGAUGUGAAAUUUUUGGUGUCUAAGAAAUAGCACUUGAAUAUUAUUAUCAAUGACAGUGUUAAGUUUCAAAAAGAGCUUCUGAACGGUAAAUUAUUGUUCAUUUGUUAUAUGGUUAAAACCAGAAAGCAUAUUACACAUUAAUCUUAAUUUAGUUCCAACAGCCUGGGCUCUCAAAAAUAAUUAGAGCUCAGUGAAAAAAAGAUAUGUGCACUUCUUUGUUAAAAGGUAGUCAACUGACAUUCAUAAAACUACAGGAGGCUGUGCAUUAAAUGGAAAACAAAGUUGUGCCCUUUUAGAAUAUGUGGGAAAGAGGAAAGUUAUCUUAAUUAUCUCUGAGUAUAAUUAUAGAUUUAAAUGAAAAAAAGAUAUGGUGCUAUCUGAAAGCAGCCUCAUUUCCUAUGUAGGUCGUAUCUUGCCAUCCCAAAUGAUUUAAGUCUGUAGCAACUUCAGUGGGAGUUGGUGACGUGGUUAGGUAACUCACAGCAAAUUCUAAAAACUAUUUUUAAUUACUGGUGGAAAUGUGACCCUCCUAGUAUUUUUAGGCCUUGCUGUGGGGUACUAUACAACCGUGUAGUGUAUAGUACACUAUGGAAGGGGACCCUGCCUUCUGAAAACAAAAUUGUCACCCCAAAAGGAAAAACAUGAUUGGUGCCUAUAAAGAGCUUGAUAACUAACAUAGGAUGAGCUCUGCAUGUGCAUGUAAAGCCCAACCUUACUUCAGAAUUAGGGGGUGGGGAGGAUAAGCAAUUUCAAUUUUACUUACACAUAUAACCUAUUAAGUCAUACCAUUUUAGUUCUGUUAAAACUCAAACUACAUCACCAUGGAAUGAAAAAUAUUAUACCUUGAUCUGACGAAAUUCAAGAACCAUGGCAGCCCUGAGAUUUCACUCUUGGUUGGUCACCCAAAAAACUGUAGCUGUAGAUGAAUGUGAUUUUAUAUGCCUGGUUUGUGAGUUGGAUGGGAAAAUAAGAGUGUAAGGAGGACACUUCAACCACUUUGAAUGGAAAUUUCAUCAUUUUCCAGAUUAUCAGUCAGCCUGGUCCACCAAGGAUUAGUGACCACAUUUUCAAUAAGGGAUUAGCUUCUCUCUAGAAAACAACUGAAAGAAGGAUUUUAUUUUUUGAUGAAAGGCUGUAUGAAAAUACCCUCCUCAGAUAACUUGCUUAACUACAUAUAGAUUCAAGUGUGUCAAUAUUCUAUUUUGUAUAUUAAACAAAUGCUAUAUAAUGGGGACAAAUCUAUAUUAUACUGUGUAUGGCAUUAUUAAGAAGCUUUUUCAUUAUUUUUUAUUACAGUAAUUUUAAAAUGUGUAAAAAUUAAAACCAGUGACUCCUGUUUAAAAAUAAAAGUUGUAGUUUUUUAUUCAUGCUGAAUAAUAAUCUGUAGUUUAAAAAACAGUCUUUUUACCUACACAGUGAAAUGUCAGACUGUAAACUCUUGUGUGGAAAUGUUUAACUUUUAUUUUUCAUUUAAAUUUGCUGUUCUGGUAUUACCAAACCACACAUUUGUAUUGAAUUGGCAGUAAAUGUUAGUUAGCCAUUUACAGCAAUGCCAAAUAUGGAGAAACAUCAUAAUAAAAAAAAUCUGCUUUUUCAUUA